AAUGGGUGAUGAGGUUGUCCUCCUCGACAUCUUGCCUAGUUGUUUCGGAAUGAGGCUGAGAAUUGCCUUAGCAGAGAGAGGCGUGGAAUACGAGUACAAGGAAGACAACAUGGUAGACAAAAGCCCAUUGCUCCUACAAAUGAACCCAGUUCAUAAGAUGGUCCCAGUUCUGAUUCAUAAUGGAAAACCCAUAUGUGAAUCACUGAUCAUCCUUCAAUACAUCGACGACGUUUGGAACGACAAGUCUCUGUUGCCUUCUGAUCCUUACCUGAAAUCUCAGGCAAGGUUUUGGGCAAAUUUCAUUGACAAGAAGGUAUAUGACAGUGGGAAGAGGGUACUGAUGACCAAAGGGGAGGUUCAAGAGGCAGCCAAGAAGGAGAUGAUAGAGUGCUUGAAGACUUUAGAAGGAGAGUUGGGAGAGAGGCCAUACUUUGGAGGUGAAAACCUAGGGUUCUUGGACAUAGUUCUUGUACCCUACUACCCUUGGUUCUACUCUUAUGAGUCCUGUGGAAACUUCAACAUUCAAGCUCAGUGCCCCAAAUUGAUGGCAUGGGUUCAGAGGUGCUUGGAGAAAGAGAGUGUCUCCAAAUCUCUCCAUGACCCUCACAAGGUCUAUGACUAUGUUUUGCAGCUCAGGAAAAGGUUUGGAGUCGAUUGAAAAUCAAAAAUUGCAAAUUAAUAGAAGCAACUUAAAAUAAUUGUCAUUUUUAUUGAAAUACAAGUGGAUCAUUUGUUAUCUAGUUGUACCUCUAUCAAAGUACAAUUAUUUUAAAUUAUUUUCACUUUUUUACAAUUAAUCACAAAUAAUACUUUACCAUGGA